AUGGAUUUCACGUCGUCGCUGCGCCGCAAGCAGACUGCCGUCACCUACUCGAGGCGCAAUCGACAGCAUGGAACGGGCAGUGCAACCUCUUCCCCUGCGGCAAUCCGCCCCCGUCCCGCUGCUGACGCAUCCAACGGAUCCUCCGACGAGGCAGAAGAACCUCGUGAGAAUGGCACAUCGUGCAAGAGAGCAGUCGUCUCGCCCAUCAAAUCCAGCCGCAUAGAUCCCAGCUCCUCCUCCUCGUCUGCCUCGUCCUCAUCCUUGCGGCAUCCUCCGAAUCCUCCCUAUGGAUCGGCUGCGAGUCCGUCCAAGUCGACGCCGGGUGGUCUCGGGCCCAAAUCACGCCCAACACCGUCGUCCACCGCUCCUCGCUCCACCAGCUCGCUGCCGCAGCGUCCGGCCCGCGCUGCUUCUCCCUCCACCGCCGUAAAGGCACGCCGUCCGUCGGCUUCAUCCACCCUACCCGCCAAGCGCAGCGCCAGCACCUCACCUCGCAAGUCGUCGGCAUCAUCACCCUCCAAACGCUUCGCCCGCUCCCGCACCCCGACACGCCCAGCAAAGGACCUGUCCAGCCUCUUUGACGCCAUCGAGCCCACCUUGCCGCGGCCUCGCAGCAAUCCUUUCGCCAGAAGCGAGAGCCAUCCCGUCGUCCAUCUCGCCCCUUUCGAGGCCCUCGAUCCAGCAUCGCCCAUCGACAGCCCGCUUCAGUCGCCCACUCUUCCGCACUUUGACUUCGAUGACCAGCUCUCCCCAGGUACCGCCCCCAUCAGCCCCUCCAAGCGAUCCAGGAUGGCAGAUCGCAUGGCACCCCGAACCGCACGCCCCGCCAAGUCCAAGCUGGACGACAUUGUCGAGUCGCUCUCCAACUCCAGGCGCGGAUCCUUGCGCCGAACUGAGACCGCUCCUUCGGCCAUUUUUGAUGCGCACUCGUUCGAUCCAGCUGUUUCGGAUGCCACGGGGCAGGCCGACAUCCACAUGGCAACAACACGCCCUUCCGAGGCAGCUUCGAGUACGGCCCGACUCGAUCUCGACUCUGCGGCCGAGUCUCAAUCCCAGGAUACCUCGGCUUCAGCAUCGGGUGCCCGUAGACUCGCUGGCAUCAAGCAGACAUCGGCCACCAAUGCAAAACGCACCUAUGGCCUUCAGCGCAGCUUCCUCGCAGACCAGGCCGAAGAGAACCUCCUCACGGACUCGAUCCAACCACCAACACCCAACCCCAUCCCAGACACAGCGUCCCGCAAUAUCGAAGACGAGAUCGAGGCGCAGAUCAACGGUCAUGCUUCCACACCUUCUAUCGAACCCGCUCGCGUCGCCUCCUCGGCCGCAUCUCGCCUUUCCGAGCCAAACACACCCGCACCGCGCGAGAGCUACGCCGAACUGCUCAAAAAGUGGGGAGAAGGCGCAGACGACAUCGAGUGGGACGAGUCGCAGGAUCCCACCCUCAACCUCAAGUCCAUCACCUCGCUCCGCUCCACCGGCGAGCUCCGCCGCUUCAAUGACGAUCUCGAGUACCUCUUCUCCGGUCUCGACCCGGCCCAGAACCUAUCCAUCCGCAAGAGCUCCGCCGUCGAGCUCAUCCGCCUGCUUUGCGGCAAGCCCGACAUCGGCUCGCUGCCGGAUGCAGACGACGACGACAGCGAUGUCGAUGAAGAGUCGAUCGAAGAUCCGCUCGCCUCCGCCCAGUCGGCCGAGUUCCUGCGCAAACUCAAGGCCUCCGACCUCAUCGUGCGCCUCUUCGACCUCUUCACAGGCGCAGAAGCCGGAGAAGGAACCGACGACGUCCUCGACGCCUCCCUCGCCGUCUAUGCGGCGAAGCUGCUCAAGACAGCGUCGUAUGUCGAGCCUUUGAUGCGCGAGCGAAGCGCGCAACUGCACCGCACGCUAGCCAACAUGCUCCUGCGAGCCGGUCGAGCGUCGCGCUCCGAUCGCAAGGACGGGUUCGCCUUGCUGCGGCUGCACGAACUCAAGCAGCACAAGAUCGCCUCACGUUCAGAUCGCAAGGCGCUCGAUGAGCUGCGCGCCAUCUCACGCAUCUCCAAGCUCUUUGUGGCAGGUGGCACCAGCUGGACGGUGCGCAAUCUCGUCAUCGCUGCUUGCUGCUCGCUCAUCGCGCUGCCGCGGCGUCUGUGGACCGAGGACACGCUCAACGGCCUAUUCGCAGCCGAAGAAGGCGUCGAGAGUGUUGCGCCUUCGUCACUCUUCCAUUCCGUCCUCGAGACGCUGGUCUCGGAGGGCAACAAGGCACAGCAGCGUCUGGUCGACUUUGCAAAGGGGCUUGAACUCGUCGCACCUACAGCAGUCGAGGCGAUCCCGGAUCUCGAGACCGUCGACGUCGCCAUCCGCUUCCUCGACAAGGCCAUGGACAUGCUCUACUUGGAACUGGAUCGCAACCUGCCCGCCUCGGACGAGACGCUCGGCGCACUGCAGCAUCUGGUCGCCUUUGCCAUCGAAGCAGCCCCCCUCGACACGCUCAGCAACACCGGCAAGGCGGUGGAUAGAGGCGCGGGAUCGGGGUAUGUCCGCAGCAUCGAGACACGCGCCCUGCAAGUGCUUCAUGUGCUGUUCAAGAUGCUGUUGGACCUGAGCCAGGUCGACGCCAACUGGAGCGAGUCGCUCGCCUCGUCGGCAAUCCUGCAGGCGUCGAUCGUGCGUGCGUUUCUCCUGGGCCAUCAGAGCGCGUCCAGACUGCGUGGUUCCGACAAAGACAGCGAUGACGACAGCAAACGGUCACCCGACGUCGCUCUCUUUGACGAUGUGGUGCACCUCUCGUUGGCACUGCUCACGAAUCUGCUCAUCAAGCAGCUCGACAAGGCGCGCGACGCAUUGGAGGCGGUGCGGCUCGUGCCGACGUGCUGGCGACGACGCUCGUGUGCCGCUGCCGACGCAUGCAGUUGCGAGGGCAGGCUUCCGGCGCUGCAGCUUCUGGCGCGCGUGUUUUUCGAGACGCGCAUCGCCGCAGCCAGCCGCGACGACAGCAAUGCGGCGUACCUGUCCAACUCGAUCGCCACGGCGAUUGCGCAGUUCGGCGUGGGUGGCGCAGAGAGGCUGGAGGCGUGUCGCACCGCGCUGGCUGCCGAACUGCCGAGUGCGCACAGCACGCCGAGCGGUGUAGCCGCAAUUGGCAAGGAUGGACUGCAGACGCUGUUGGAUGCGGUGGACGAGUUUGCAGUCGUGCAUCAAGCCGCGCUCGACGCGGGUAGGGUGCGUGGUGACGAAGAAGCGGCAGGCAGCGAGGACGGAGAAGACGGUGCGGGCACAGACGAGGCGGCGCAAGUGGCGGGCCAGGACGGCGCGAAUCCGGUGGCUGCCGAGGCAGGCCAGCUGAUCAAAGAGCUCGCACAGACGCUGCGGCACAUGUGCUAA